AAACGCUAAAUUCGUUUGAGUUUUCUCAGCCGCUGUAUGUGCUGUUUGGUUUUACAAUUUCUGUUUUAAAAUACAUUAAAACUAUUGUCGGAGUGUUUAAAGUAGAUUUAUUUGUUGGUGUUUUCUGCACAACUAAUUCUAAACUUCAAAAACGUUAUUCGGUUAUUAUCGACCUGUCAAGAAGACAUUUUUUCAUCAAGCUGUCCGUGCAAAAUUCGCAAAAUAGGAGACGAAAAUCCCUUUAAGUUUUCUAAUUUCAUAUCGAAUCUGCCACCAAUAGGUGGUAGAGAGAUGCCCCGCUGCAGCAAACGCACGCGGAGCGGCGCGCCGGCCAACGGCGACGUGCUGCCCGGAGCCACCGCCAUCGAGGAGCACCACCAUCACAAACGGUCCAGGAACAGCAGCUCACGUCGACAUUCCAAAGCAGAAGACACUAGUUUCAGUGCAAAAAAAUGUAUAGCAUGGUUCAAAGAAUACACUACAGCGUCAGAGCCAGAUAUUUUAGGUCCAGAAGGAAUGGAAAAGUUUUGCGAAGACUUAGGUGUGGACCCUGAAAAUGUUGUGAUGUUGGUUAUCGCUUACAAAAUGGGAGCCAAACAAAUGGGAUACUUCACACAAGAGGAAUGGCUAAAAGGACUUACGGAAUUACAAUGUGACAGUGUGCACAAAUUGCAGAACAAAUUAGAAUUUUUACGCAGUUUACUCAAUGACCCCUAUAUUUUUAAAGCCGUAUACAGAUAUUCUUAUGAUUUCGCUAGGGACAAGGAGCAGCGUUCGCUAGAUACAGGCACGGCGCGCGCUCUGCUAGGCGUCCUGCUGCCGCGCUGGGCGCUGCGCGGAGCGCUGGCCGACUUCCUGGCGCGCGCGCCGCGCUACCGCGUCGUCAACCGCGACCAGUGGUGCAACAUCCUCGAGUUCAGCCGCUGCGUGGACGCACAGCUCACCACCUACGACGCGGACGGCGCCUGGCCAGUGAUGCUGGACGAAUUUGUGGAAUGGUUGCGAGCGGAGCGCAGCGGUGACGCCAGCAUGGCGCCAGCCAGCUGAGGCCGGGACGCCGCCGCGCCGCGCGACCGCUAGCCCCGCCCCCGCCGACCGCCAGGUACAGUCACGCGCAGAAACACAUCGUCAACGGAACGCUAACGCAUCACUUAUGAAGAGUAUACAGUCGUGUGCUCGUGACUGUACGGACACGUUUGUUUAGUGUGGGAUUGGUCUGAACCCGGACUUAAAUGCGCAUGCACAGUAUAGACGACAUCUCCUCAGAGCGCUUGUAGACGUCCGUUUUUUCACCGGACGACGGACCGUCAAAAAACGGAUAUCCUUUGUUUGCUGUCAAUUUUCUCGCCGGACCUAUGUCCGAUGCAUGUGCACACGUUCAUUAUAAACCAUACACCACCGCUAAAUCCGGCAAAAAACACGGUCCGUUAUCCGGUGAAAAAAACGGACGUCUAAGGCUAACGUUUUGUUGCGAAUUAGAUCCAGCCGACUAGUGUUUAGGUUGAUGCGCUGUCGACUAUACGCGUGACGGAAAUGCCAUCGAAUACUAUAUUAUAUUCAAGUUAUGAAUAGCCUUAGCGUUUAGAAAUAUGUCAUCAGCUAGCAAUAAUUUAUUGAAUUUUCACGACGCGUGUUUAAAUUGUGUAUCCGAUUUAAAUUAUUAAAAUAUCAUUUUGUAACAUGAAUUUGCUGAAUAUACAAUGAUAUUUUAAUUCUCAAUAAGACUAAUCCUAGACUGAAGAAACUUGCGUAGGUGGACUUAAGUAACUGAAAUAUGAAGUUAGACACCCAAUUAUGAUCUUACUUAUCCCACAAUGUCUGUGGUACUGCUAUGAUUUCUACUAUUGAAACGUUCUAAAGUCUACUGUAACUUUGGUCUUAUGUAUAUCAUAAUAACAUAACAUAAAGCAAUGAGCUGUGUAAAAUCGCAACUAUUAUGUUUGUGUUUCAACACUUAAGAAUGGGUGUCUGACAACAAAUAAAUUGCUUUACUCUGCACAAAAACAAAUCACACCGUUUUAUACAAAUACCAAUUAAAUUGGUCAACAUAAUGAAUUGUGGUUAGUACAUUCACUGGUUACUGUCAGCAUGACUAUCCAGUCUUAUACCACAUAUCAGAACUGGGUUUCUGUUGCAAAGACUUGUUAAACUGGGUCCACAACACCUGUAGCUUUGUCGGUUUCUUUGAACGCGUUCAACCAAUCAUGUCAGAUGACAAGGGAUUUCAUAUGCACCGAAAUUGGAAACUAGUAGCAAAUACGGCCAGCUGUACUGACUAGUGUGUGUUAUGCCUGUGAAAAUAUUGAUAAAUGUUAGAAAUAUAAAAUAUAGGUGCAGUGGACCUGGCAUAAAUCCACACUUUUAUAUUCGUACUGUAAUCCCGUGAUAUAACUGUCUAACUAAUGUAAGUUAUGUUUAUUUUUGUGUUGACUUCUUCUUGUAUCUAUAAGAAAUCAAUUUAUUAUUGUAAAACAUGAACUUCCUUUUCAAUUUUCAUAAUUAAUUUAAUAUUAUGUUUGUAUUAAAAUGUCUAGUUACUUCUAUAGAUACAAGAUGUUGAUCUCACAUUAUGUUUGAUGGUAUUGUGUGUGUAGAUGUAACUGGGUCACAUAAUCAGAUUAUAAAAUAAUGUUAUUAGUUGUAAAAUAUCAUAUUUUUUGUAAUUGUGUCAACGAAUAUAAUUACCAUAAAAUCUGUGUUGACAAAUAAAGAACAUAAGAUGUUUUAUAGAUAUUUUUCAUCGAAAUAACUAAUGUUGUACGUAAAAUGUGAAUGGUUGUGUAAAUUUUGGGAUACCAAUAAAGUGUAAGAUGAUUUGGGCUCAUCUUCAAGAUGAUGGAUAACAGUUUUAUUAACAAUCUUUUUCUCAAAUUAUAUGUAUUCAUUCACAUUGUAAGAAAGUGUACAUUUUAUUUGCGUUAAAUGGUGACCCUGAGAUUGUUUCACAGUUUGUUAACUUGAUGUCCGUUGUGUGUUAUUCCCAGUUCUGUUUGUAGGAAGACACUUGAUGCCCAACCGAGGGCCAAUGAUGUUAUAUUGUAUCAAGUAUUCCCUCAAUAUCAUAGCAGUGAAGAUUCGUUGUAUAUUUUUAGCAUUUAUUUUAGAUGUAUGUAUGUAUAUUAUGUCUCGCCACCGCUCCUCGACGCGAUGUAUUGAUUUAUAAAAUGAUGCCAAUUGUAAUUAAUUAUUAUAUAGCAAUCUCAAAUACUCGAUUCCAAAACUGUCGAACCAAUUAUAAAUUAGGUGUUUGGUACAAAAUGAUAGUUUGAUUUUUAUUAAUAUUAAAUCUGUAGGUUUAUAUGAUUCUUUGAGUUCAUAUAGACCACUUUUGCACUAAGAAGAAUUUAAACUAAACAUCACAUUUUCAAUAUUAAAGAAAACCAAACUAUAAUUUAACAAACUGGACAUUAGGUAAUUUAUUAAUGUACCCACCGAAACAGUGUUAUAUUUUUUAUAAACUAGUACAACAUUGUAAGUAUUGCUGCUUGUCUGCAGGGUUCUGUGGACUGUCAACAUGAUUCAUUCUCUGGUGGGGAUUUCCUUUAGUAUAAGCUGUUUCGCUGCUGUUUCUUGUGUGACUGAUUAAAAUACAUAACAAAAUUUAUUUUAAAAACCUGAAGUAGUUGGCCGAACA